GGUGGUUGUACCCCUAGGUACUGGCUUGAUAUUACCGCCAAUCAGAGCGGGGGCUCGGACCUUGCCCGACAUCGAGGGACGGGUGGUAUAUCACGUGACUAGGUUCCUCCGGAACCGGAAAUACUAACCGCCGGCCCGCUUCCUUCCCCAACUCUGAACUCUGGAGCCGAAAAUGAAAAUGAGGAGAAUCGCGGAGGAUCCUACAAAAGCCUAUCGCCCGCUAAAAACGCCAUGAUCACAUGUCUUCCCUCCGCAAAAACCUCCGCGGUAGCUUCUGAUAACUACCACCCCAACAAGGAUCGGAAAACGCUCAACGCCCAAAGCCAUCGGCAGAAUUUUCAGCCUGUCUUUGGCUUUGGAACCAACAGCAUUUACCGUCCAGCAAGUCAAUUACCCAAUUUGAAAACCGCUUUCUCCUGAUGUUCCCACGGGGUGUCGGUUUCGAUCGCGUCGGUGGCUUGAUUGGCCUCUGGCUGACCCGCCCGGUGGGUCACGGCCACCUCCACGGUAACCCUCCGUCGGCAUCGGGCUGUGAAUAACGGGCAGGGCCUUCGGGGGCCAAGAAUUAUGCGCAAGAAAGAGUAACUGAGGCGAGUGAGGAGUUGAGUUGUCAAGGUUAAUUCGGCUUGGUCUAGCUUGGGCCUCUUCUGACCUCCGAAACUCGCUCGAUCCCCGAUGCUUUUCGAAUGCGCAAUGGGACUGACUAGUGACUCGACUACUGUACCCCAACUGCGACUGGAUGGAAUUGGAAAAGAGUCAAAAAGGAACCAAAAAAACUCUGACUCUUAACCCCACUGCACUUUUCCCCGUUUUCCCCCGUGAAUGGACGGAGGAUGAAUUCAUGGAAGGUCGGGAGAGAUUCCAAUUCCGGCCGAGAGGAUGACGAUCCUGACGCCCGCGGGAGGAAACGAUCCACCCCCACGAGGCUACAAAGACGACUCAGUGGGAGAGAAGUGAUCGGUCGGUGACAAAGAGGCGCCCGGAUGGCUCCACGGGUGGCUUGACGGACGAGAACGGGUGGCGCCUUGCAAGCAACCCAAGCAAUCCACGGCCAAGCAACCCCAAAGUGCACAGAACCACAGGUCCCCCCCAGGCACUUCUCCAUUCUUCCCAGAAACUGUCGGUCUCCCGCAACAUUUGACUGGUCCGCCACACUGCUGACCAUUACGAAACGUUUCGGAUUCCCGAAUGCAGCAUUGCACCUUUGUGGCGGGCGGCCAACCCCGAACAAGAAGCAGAAGCAGCCGCUACGCGCAUGGCCCUUUCUCAAGUUCUCCCCCUCCUCUCCAUCCUAGGCCCCUGGGCGGCUCGCAAGACUUGCCCUCAAGAAAACCCACUCAGGGCAAACCCCACCUAUCGCGACCCCGUAAAUCUCUGCUGCGGGGCCCCCUUAGCCCCUUGGCCCCCGUACUGGCCCACGGCGUACCACGGUGGUCCGCGCGACCUGCCUCUAGCGUUAACACGGCCGACGUCAUGUCCAAUGUUUUUCGUCUUGGCCGACCUGGCCCGUAACAUGCGUUCUCCGCCCCUUGAAAGAAGUAUAGAUACAUAAGGCCUCCUCCCUGACCCCAGAUCCCCAGCCGGGUUUCUUUUCUUCCUUUCCUUGUACUGGUCCUUCCCAUCCCUUCGCGCAUAUAUCACGCGACGAAGAAGACAGAACUUCAAGAUGUGGACAACAACAUCUGGCCUCCGGGGCAAGAAGCUCCACAUUGCCAUCACCUUCACCUCCGUUGUUGGUUUCUCCCUGUUCGGUUAUGAUCAGGGUCUUAUGUCUGGUAUCAUUUCCGGUACCGAGUUCACCAAGGAGUUCGGCGCCCUUGCCAUCCCUGAAGGCUCUUCCAGCGCCUAUUCUCAACAUGUUUCCGUCCUCCGUGGUGCCGUGACCGCUUGUUACGAGCUUGGUUGCUUCUUUGGCGCUAUCUUCACUCUCUGCUUCGGUGAGCGCAUCGGCCGCACUCCUCUGCUGGUCGCCGGUGGUGUUCUCAUGAUUAUCGGUACUGUCAUCUCCACUGCUGCUUUCGGUCCUCAAUGGGGUCUUGGUCAAUUUGUCGUUGGCCGUGUUAUCUCUGGUCUUGGAAACGGCAUGGACACUGCUACCAUCCCGGUGUGGCAGUCUGAGUGUUCUCGUGCCCACAACCGUGGUUUCCUUGUCUGCUUCGAGGGCGCCAUCAUUGCCGUCGGCACCUUUAUCGCCUACUGGAUUGAUUUCGGUCUUUCCUAUGUCAACAGCUCCGUUCAGUGGCGUUUCCCCGUCGCUUUCCAAAUCCUGUUCGCUGUUCUGGUCAGCGCCGGUGCCAUGAUGCUUCCCGAGUCUCCUCGUUGGUUCGUCAUGCAGGGCAAGGACCAGGAAGCCCUCGAGGUUCUCGCCGCUCUCAACGACAGCACUGUCGACGGCGAGGAUGUCCUCACCGACUUCAACAUGAUGAAGGCCGAUCUCAAGGCCCAGGAGGGUGCCAAGGCCAGCUGGAAGACCCUUUUCACUUUCGGCAAGACUCAGGAGUUCCAGCGUAUGAUGAUCGGUUGCUCUGGCCAGUUCUUCCAGCAGUUCACUGGUUGCAACGCUGCCAUCUACUAUUCUACUCUUCUCUUCGAGCAGAACUUGAACAUGGAGCACCGUCUCUCUCUGGUUCUGGGCGGUGUCUUCGCCACCGUCUACGCUCUCGCUACCAUCCCCUCCUUCUUCAUGAUCGAGAGAGUCGGUCGUCGCAAGCUGUUCCUGAUCGGUUUCCUUGGCCAGGGUCUGUCUUUCGUCAUCACCAUGGCCUGCUUGAUCAAAGAAAACGAGCAGAACGCCAAGGGUGCCAUCGUCGGUAUCUUCCUGUUCAUCUGCUUCUUCGCCUUUACUACCCUGCCUCUCCCCUGGAUCUACCCUCCCGAGAUCAACCCCCUGCGCACCCGUACUAUGGCUGCCGCCGCUUCCACCUGCACCAACUGGAUCACCAACUUCGCCGUUGUCAUGUUCACUCCCGUCUUCUCCGACGCUUCUCCCUGGGGUAUCUACCUCUUCUUCGCCCUGGUCAACUUCAUUGGUCUUCCCUUCGCCUGGUUUUACUACCCCGAGACCGCCGGUCGUGACCUUGAGGAGGUUGAUAUUAUCUUCGCCAAGGCCCACAUCGAGAAGAAGUGGCCCUACCAGAUCGCCAACUCCCUGCCCAAGCUUUCCCCCGACGAGAUUGCCUCCAUGGCGCGUGAGAUUGGCCUCGACGUGUCUGACCACCAGCACGCCUCCGAGAAUGAGAAGGUCGAGAUGGCCAUGUCCAGUGGCAACUCGAGCGAUGAGAAGACCGAGUAAAUUCCAGAAACUCGCCGUCUUUUCAAGUCACAGAGCCAUAUGUACAUUUUGCUCUAGCGUUCCAUCCUGGUGACGGAAAGCGUUUGUAGAUGUUGCGACGACUCUGCACAUAUUCUAGAGUGUUUUGAUGCCUUGCAUUAUUUAUUCCCCAACCUUUCUUUUUGUUAUCGUUUUCCUUUGAGUUUAUGAUGUCGGCAUGACAUGGUGGUUAAUUGCUGCCAGAUUGAUGUCUUAAGUGCUUUUUAUGUUAUAUACCAUGAAGGGAGGAGAUGAUUUUGAAAAUAGAGCUUGCUCUGAUUUCAGUAAUAGAAUGCAUUGUCAUCCUAUAAUUUCCAUUGAUCAUACAGUAG